GGGGGUGCCAGCUGCUUGUGUGGCCCAGCAUUGUCGAAAGGUGUGAGAGGCAAGAGAGUGAAUUGGACUUCUGGACAGGAUGCCAGAAGCACCCCUGACAUUACCAACCCUAAUCCGGACAAUACGGAACGCACGGACCCAAGCGGAAGAACGGGAUUUGGUCCAACGAGAGAGUGCCAAGAUUCGGGGGGCCUUCCGGGAUGAUGAACCUGACAGCCGGGCCUCCAAUUUAGCCAAGUUGCUCUACAUCCAUAUGCUGGGCUAUCCAGCGUAUUUUGGACAAAUGGAGUGCUUGAAGCUAAUUGCCUCUCAGAAAUUCCACGAAAAACGGAUCGGCUACCUCGGUGCUGCCCUCUUAUUGGAUGAGAAGCAGGACACCCAUCUUCUACUGACCAAUAGUAUCAAGAACGACCUCCUCCAUCCCAGCGCUUGGGUGCAGAGCUUGGCUCUGAGCACCCUCGGUUCUCUGGGCUCGGCGGCGAUGUUUCGGGACUUGGCCGGGGAGGUGGAGCAGCUGGCCAGAGAGGGACAACCCUCCGUGCGAAGGAAGGCGGUGGUCUGCGCCGUACUCAUUAUCCGGAAGGUGCCCGAUCUUAUAGACGCAUUUGUGGCUCUUGGUGAUCAGCUGUUGACGGACCGAACUCACGGCGUUCCGCAUGGCGCUGUCAUGUUGAUCGCAGAGAUGUGCGAACAAAACCCACAGGCCUUGGAACACUUCUGCAAGCGAGUGCCCCACUUGGUAGGAAUUCUACACAAUCUUGUGGUGGCUGGUUACUCUCCAGACAACAGUAUCUCCGGCAUCAGCGAUCCCUUUCUGCAGAUCCAAAUCCUACGGCUGCUGAGGAUUCUGGGACGAGACAACGAAGAGACCAGUGACAGCAUGAAUGAUGCCUUGGCCCAGGUGGCCACCAACACAGAGACGACGCGGAAUGUGGGCAACGCCAUCUUGUACGAGACUGUUCUGACCAUCAUGGGUGUGCAGUCAGCUAGUGGACUCCGGGUUCUCGCUAUAAAUAUCCUCGGGCGAUUUCUUGUUAACAAAGAUCGGAAUAUCAGGUACGUGGCUCUAGCAUCACUACAGAAAUUAUUGCAAGCGGAGGGCUGCGCAGUCCAGAGACAUCGGUCCACCGUCUUGGCAUGCCUGACUGACCCUGACCCGACUGUGAAGAGGCGAGCGCUGCAACUUAGCCUCGCCUUGGUGAACAGCAGCAACGUGAGGGCAACCAUCAAGGAACUCCUGGAUUUCCUCAGCACCUGCGCCCCAGACCUGAAGUCAGACUGCGCUUCUGGAAUAUUCCUGGCUGCUGAGAAGUUUGCGCCCAACAAGCGAUGGCACAUAGACACCGUCCUCCAAGUGCUGACCAUGGCUGGUUCUUACGUGCGGGACGAUGCAGUCCCCAACCUCAUCCACCUGAUUGGAGGUGCAACCGAGCUUCACAGUUACGCGGUGCAACAACUAUACGAAGCCCUGGCCCAAGAUAUCUCACAGCAACCCUUGGUGCAGGUGGCUACUUGGUGCAUUGGGGAGUACGGCAACCUCCUAUUGGCUGGGAGCUGUGAAGAGGUGGAGCCUAAGCAGGUAGACCCAGAAGAGAUGCUCUCCCUUCUGGAGCGGGUGCUCCAGUCGCACCUCUCCCUCCCAGCCACCAGGGGCUACGCGCUCACCGCCCUCAUGAAACUCGGGUCUCGUCUCCAAGGCAACAGCAUCAACCGGAUCCGAAGGUUGGUCUCUAUUUACUGCAGCUGUCACGACAUCGAAUUGCAGCAGCGGGCAGUAGAAUAUAACGCCCUUUUCCGGAAAUAUGACCAUCUCAGGUCAUCUUUGUUGGAGAAGAUGCCCUUAGUGGAAAAAGCUGGCUACAGCGAGGAUGGAAGUGAGAAAGAACAGCCUGGAAGAGAGACCAGCAUUUCCCUACAUAUCUCCGAGGCGGUGCUGUCUGGCAAUUCCGAACCACCAGAAUCUAGUCAGGUCUCUGAUCUCUUGAAUCUUCUUGGGGACCCUACAGAUCCUUCUCCUUUGCAGCCUGUCACAAGCACCCCAGUGGCAACGGGAUCCUUCCUUGACUUGCUCAGGGAUCUAAAACCCCCAGCCGCUGCUCUCUCCCCACUGGCUGUUUAUGAACAAGAUGAGCUGCUGGUUGAAUUCUCAAUGGAGCGCCCACCACUGGAACCCACGUUACUGCUCAUCACGGCCACGGUAUCCAACAGGGCUCCCGGUGACGUGACUGGAUUCUCUCUGCAAGUGGCUGUGCCCAAGUCCUUCCAGGUAGAGCUCCUGGCCCCCAGCGGUUCCACAGUCCCAGGUCAGGGUGGUCCCCCUAUCACUCAACUAAUUCGCAUCUUGAACCCUAGAAAGCUCCCGCUCCGGAUGCGGCUGCGUCUUGCCUACACCCUGCCCUCUGGGACGGCGGUCCAGCGGAUUGAAGAAGUCAGCUCAUUCCCAGAGGCCGCAUGGCAGUGACUGGCGAGCAACCCAAGGGACCACCAACGCUGUCUCCUGGCUUUUCUUCAAAAGAAAGCCCUUGUAAGGUGCUACUGGACUAAAGUCUUGCUUUUGCAAUUGCAACAACUCACCACCAGGUGGCACCUUUGUUCUACCCUGGAGGCCUCUCUACCAUUAAAUACACAAGCAGGUGGGAGCCCAGGGGUUGCUUUGGUGGUGGCGUGGCCCUAGAUGACUGCAUUGGGGGCAGAUGGGGGGGCACAACGUUCUUGCAGGGGAGAUCCUCCAAAUAAAAAAAGGGAAACACAGCCAAGCCAGGACAGAGUAAUGGGGGAACAGAAGGGGGAAUCCCCUCUCCCUCCCAACAGCUGGCAAAUCAAUUCAAUUGAUCAGCUCGAUGGGGAGAUUCCACAACAACUGAGCGAGACUAAGUGGAAAUCAAUGAAGAUAAAGAGCGAAGGGGGGAAAAAUCAGAAUUCUCCAGCAAAAUAAAUACACACCACCCAUGCCUGUCCGUUGCCCCAAUCUGCAUUUCUGCUCUGCUGCUAUACAGAAACGGGGAUGUCCAAUCUUUUCUGGAGGCAGCACCUGCAAUGAGUGUGCCCCCCCUCCCCCACAACAGUCAGUCCCCUGCUAAGCUGAGUAAAGUCAAGGGGCCCUGUCAUCCAGUACUCUGUCUACUAAGAGUGGACAACCAGGGGUUGCAGGGAAAGAUGUCAGAAGCAAGGGGUGUUGGUUUUGGCCCUCCCUGGGUGAGGAUCCUCAACCGGAGAUGGAAAAAACAAGGCCAUAUUUCUGGCUAUCCCAGUAUCUAGCCUCC